AUGAUUGGGGCUGUAAAGGAUCAAGUGCAUGACAAAGAGUCGACCAGAUAUCACCCUCAUGAUAUCGAGCCUUGGACGCCUCAUAGCUUUUGGCCAGUUCCUGAGGCGACAGAAGAUUCUGUCCUGCUUCUUUGGGCAACUCCGGAAGGACCAUUCCCUCCUAUGAUGGACAAUGCGUUUUUCACGACCAUAUUACGGUACAUCAGUGACAUUACUGAGAAAAAGGUGAAAAUGGAUAUUCCGCAAAUCAUGAUUAAUCAGCAUGAGUCGGAAUCCUGUGUAAUCAUGUUUCCGGGCGCAUGGUGGCUUGGGCCACUGAGAUGGUGGAUUCCUUGGAAAGUCCAGGCAUUCUUGUCGCUUCUCGCGGCGUGGCAAGGAAAGCAUGGGCUCAUGAAGGAGUAUGUUGCUCCCGAAGACUGGAGAGCAUAUAUGGAAGGCAAGAAACUCAGCUGA